CCUCCGCCCCUCUUGGCUUCCACGAUAGUCCAUUUGUACACGUGAGUGUGUGUCGACGCGCGGCGUUCGCUCGGCUCACUCGCCGCUCAUGUCGUGUUAAGUCAUUCCGUAACCGCGCCUUCGCAUAGUCGGACGUAGUAGCAGUGACGAGUAAUAGUUAUUUAAUUAAUUGUUCGAUAUAUUAAUCGCUGCAACACUAUAUACUAACUAAAACACGCGUGUGAAUGACAUUUAGUUUAGUGAGUGAUUGUGAAUGGAUAUAAAUCAAAUUCAAACAGAUUUGGAUUGUUUUUGGAUACUUAUGACUUCCUGGAAGGAGGCGAAUACCUCUGUGAUAAAUCAAGCCUUAGUGAUUACAAACCCAUGGCUGUUGAUGCAAUAAAGCCUUGUGUAGGAGUUAGUGUUGUGUGUGUUGAUUUUGUGUGGAAAUUUUGAAACCGUGGCCUCAGACGACAAGGCUGGUGGGUCGCGAGCUACGCCACCGGAGAACGGACGGCCAAUGUGUCUGCUUGAACGGCGAGAGGCGACACUAGCCCCUUUGAACAUGACUUUGACUGCGAGGUUAGCGCCUCCUACUCCUUUACAAAACUCGUGUGUGGCGGUGGGUGUACCAUUGAGCACCUGGUCUGCAGACGUGGCAUGCCCCAACUGCCGGCACGAGCUGAGGGUUACUGUGGCUCCCGGCGGCAAGGUUGCUUCAGUGCCUCAUUGGUGCCUUCCUAUUUCGCCCUGGUGCGGCCCCAUCACGCCGCAGUGCACAGCACAACCUACAUACCUCUCUCAGUACGCCCCCCUGUCUCCUGUCCUACCCCCACAAUGCAAUGACGAACUCAGGCGGUUAGCUGACACCCUCAGAGUGCUACGGCUCUCUGGGUGGUACUAUGGGAAUCUAGAUUGGCAGGGUGCACGUAAUCUCUUAAAAGAAGCUCGCGUGGGUGAAUUCGUGAUACGCGACUCUGGCGAUAGGAACUUUAUAUUCUCGUUGUCAGUGCAGACAGAGCGAGGGCCCACGUCUGUGCGACUACACUACGAACAAGGGUACUUUAGGUUAGAUUGUGAUCGACCGCUGGCGAGGUACAUGCCGCGGUUCAGGUGCGUCAUAGAACUGGUGCUGCACUACAUGCGGCUGGGCUGCCGCGGCGCUGCCGGCACCGUGUGGGUCGACAAGGAGGGCUGUCCUCAUUCCCCCGUCCUCCUCCGCUCACCUCUCAGGAAAGACCCGCCCUCCUUAAAACACUCCGCGCGCUUAGCAAUCCACAAAGCCCUCGACUCUAACCCUCUAACGCCAAAAAUCCAGUGUGCACCCAAACACAGGCACCUCCCGUUACCCUCCAUUCUCAUAGAUUAUCUCGGGGAGUACCCUUACUCAAUCUAACGCUCGGAUCUGUGUAGGUAGUUAUUUAUUUAGUUCAAUCGCGUCUAUCGAUGCCUAGUGAAAGUAUUAGGAAAAUAUUAAUUUCAUAAAGAGAUUCCUAUGUUAUUGGCGAUGUACAGAAUUAGAUUAGCUAUACUUUUGUUAUGAUAGAGCUCCUGAGAUCAUGAGUAUUUCAUUCAUUAGAACUGCCAUUAUUUACCAUAAGUAUAGAAGAAUUUGGUCUAAAUUAUGCGCUUAUAUUACCUCUAUUAAGUCAAAAGUAGACGGUCUCAAGAGUUGUAUGACAUUAUCAUAAUAUUGUAUACUUUGUACAAAUGGAGCAUUGUAUGUAAUCUAGUACAGGAUGCUAGAGAAAGGGCCGGUUCCUUUUCAGUUAGGAUGUAUCUACCAACUAACAAAUAUUAAUUUAUAAUAGUUAAAUUAUAACUGUAUUAUUGUAAUUAUUGAAUAUGGGACUCAACUAUGGUAUUUAGUGAAAUGUUUAUGCAGCUUAUUUUUUUAAGUCAUUCUGUCUGUAUAUAAAGUUCGAGAAACAAUGCAAGACUGAUUCUUUGUGUGUCUACCUGUCGUAAUGCCUGCAUACUGUUCCGUUAUAUAAUUUAACGGUUUGAUUACACCUUCUAAGCAUGUACGUAUAUAUGCAAACCUUUCCUACUGAUAUUAUUUUAGAAAAAUUGUUCACUAAUGCCUAAUCUUGUCUAUUGUUUUAAGUAAACAUCACACUAUGUUAAAAGAAACCUAUAUUUUUAUUUAUUUAUUGCUCGAUAAAUUAGGAUUACUCUGUAAGAAUGAUAUAAUAUUUACUUUUGUUCCUAAUUCCUAUCCAUUAAGUUUAGCUCGACCUUGGUCGCCCUGUUCUUCAAGUUUUCUACCUGCCGAUAGUUAUAAAAGAAGUGCCAUCAAAUCAUUAGCAAUCAUAAUAGUGAUCCAUGUCGGAUGUUUAUAAAUUGAAAGUAUUUUUGAGGCUGAACAUGUAAAUAUUUUUUGUUUUUGUUUUCUAUUUAUUUAGUAACUGUAAUGAUUAGCAUAGUGGAUAUUGAUAUGUUGGGUGGCACACCAUGUAAUGGUUUGGUAUAGUUAGCUGUAGGAGGGUAAUGGCUAGUGAGUUUCACUAAUGUAGCAAUUGUGUACCUUGAAUAAUCUCAAUUAGAAUAUAUAAUACCUACAGUAUCUGCAGAUUAAUCUGUACUAUUUUGGCUCUGCAUGAAUGGCAACUUCAUUAUCAACUCCAAAAAUAAGAUAAUUACAAAAUCAAUCCAGAAUUGUAAUCAUGCAUAUAGUGUGCCAAUUACUGCAUAGAUUACCCUGGUAGCAUAAAUGGUUUCUUGUAAUGAGAAUUUAGCUCUUCGCUGCGAGUAUCACGCGAGACGUAUAAAAAUCGAUGUUAGUGUACGAAACGCAUGGUCUAAAGUCUACUAUCUGAAGAAUGCCGGUAAUGUGCUCCAUCGCAAUGAGAAUCAGCCUCAAAAUGGAAUUGUAUUUCCUUGCAUCCAUACCUAUCAUAUUAAUAAGCACUGGAUGAAUUUAUGUUAAAACUUAUUUUUAUACCUACCAUUUUGUAAGGGACAAGCACCCAAUCUAAAUAAGUGUGACAUAAUAGAAAAUGUGUUUAAAUGUUUGUAGACUAAUGUAUCAAAAGAACUGCAAGUAAUUUAUAUACAACAAAAACAAUUAUACAUUCUGCAUAAAGUAA